AUGAUCACCAACGAUGCCUUGCUGGCUUCGGUGAAGCUGUUGGCCUCGGAUUUGGAUGGCACCCUUCUGGACCCACAUCACAAGCCAGCGGCUGGAACCUUCGAGGCCAUCGCAGAGUACCAAACAGCUGGGGGCGCUUUCGCUGUUUGCACGGGACGAGACCUGGGCUCGGCGCGAGGCGUGCUGAAGGGCCUGGACAUCGAUACCAUGCCCGGGGUUUACCUGAACGGCACGACCGUAAAAGGCAAGGGCGGUGAGAUGCUCCGCAAUUUGACGCUUCCGCCGGAGUUAUUGCAGCGCAUGGUGGACUGGGGCCGGGAGCACCGGGACAAGGCCUCAAUCCUUUUUGUGGAGGGCGAUGCCCACUAUGUCAUGGACCGCUCCGAGGAGUACGCGCUGUUUAUGCACAAGCACCUCCUGGACCCCGACCCUCUAGAAGUGAAGGGUGGCUGGGCAUGCCCGGAGAUCCCGACCAAGGUGAACAUGAUGCGUGUUAUCUGCAGCCCGGAGGACAUGGACACCAUCAAACCACAGGUGGCUGCAUGUGUCAAGGGCUUGGCCAACUAUGCACAGUCGCUGCCGACCACGAUUGACAUCAUGGCCCCCGGCACCAACAAGGCUGCUGGCCUCCACGUCCUCUUGGAGGCACUGCAGCUCAGCAUGGCCGAAGUCUGCGCCAUCGGCGACUCCGAGAACGAUCUGGAGAUGCUGCAAUCCGUCCGCGUGGCCUGCGCCAUGGGCAAUGCCGUGAAGAAGACCAAGGCAGUUUCCCACUUUGUGAUGCCCAAGAACUUCGACAACCCCGCAGGCGUUGUUUGUCUCGUGCGGUCGCUGACAAAAGCUCUCAACUCUGGGAGCAUGCAACCUCCUAAGCCGCAGCAGACCUUGAGAGUAGCCUGCUUCUGCUGUGGCUCCUGGGGCACGGGCGUCGCACGCCAAGUGGGACAGAGCCUGCUUCACCUACCUCGCUUCGAGGAGAGCAGCCUGCUUCGGAGAGCCUGA